UCAACUCACCAUCUUGACUUGUAAAACCCCCAUCCUCAGUCCACCCACCAUCCCUAACCUCACUCCCAAUUUCUCUGCGAUCCAUCCCUCCCAAAUCCUCCACUUUCCUCCAACAAUGGCGCCACCCCAUCUCACCACCACCAUCUUCCUCCUCCCUCUCCUCCUCUCUCUCUCCUUCACCACCUCAACACCCACCAACGACCUCAUCUCCGAGCUCCAACACCUCCAAUCCGGUGCACCCAACGGCGUCCUCCGCCUCACCGACCACCUCCUCGGCCGCAUCCUCUCCCUCCCUCGUCCUCGCCCUUUCUCUCUCCUCAUCUUCUUCGACGCAACCCAACUCCACGACAAAUCUGAACUCCAACUUCCAACCCUCAAAUCUGAAUUCUCCAUUCUCUCUAAAUCAUUCCUCCAUAACAACAAAGACUCCCCAGAUUCCCAGAAACUCUUCUUCUGUGACAUCGAAUUCAAGGAUUCUCAACGAUCUUUCAGCUUAUUUGGGGUUAAUUCACUUCCCCACAUUCGCCUCGUUUCACCCCAUGUCGAAAAUCUCAAGAACUCGGAUCAUAUGGAUCAGGGUGACUUCUCGAGACUCGCUGAAUCAAUGUCUGAGUUCGUCGAGUCAAAGACGAAACUCACUAUUGGCCCACUUCAACGCCCACCCAUGUUCUCUGGUAAGCAGAUUACCUUCUUCUUAAUCGUUUUGAUGAUUUGGGCACCUUUUGCUGUGAAGAAGAUUAUAGCAGGUCAGACAUUGUUGCAUGAUUAUAAGCUAUGGUUGUUUAGUGCUAUAUUUGUGUACUUUGUUAGUGUUUCUGGGACUAUGCAUAACAUUAUUAGGAAGAUGCCAAUGUUUAUAACUGAUAGAAAUGAUCCUACAAAGAUGGUGUUCUUUUACCAAGGUUCUGGGAUGCAAUUGGGUGCUGAGGGUUUUGCUGUUGGGUCUUUGUAUACUGUUGUUGGUUUGCUUCUUGGGUUUGUUACCCAUGGACUUGUUAAGGUUAGGAGUGUCACCUUUCAGCGGUUUGCAAUGGCGGUGGCUUUGAUCGUCUCGUUCUGGGCUGUGAAGAAGGUUGUGUAUCUUGAUAAUUGGAAGACUGGUUACGGCAUUCAUGCUUACUGGCCUUCGAGCUGGUAAUCGAGGUGAUGAUAAUUGAUUUUUAGUGUUGAGGAAAUGUUGGUUGCUAAGAACACUAUUUUAGAUUGUAACCAUGACAAUUUUUGUUAUUGCUCAGGACAUAUACAUGGAAUGAAAAUUUCUAGCUAUAGUUUCAUGA